UAUCUCUCCAUGUCCUUAUCUUCGCCUCCAUCUUUGGGUGGCUUGUGUCCUGGCAUGGAUAUUCGUAACAACCUCACCCGGCUGCAUGAGCUUCAGAACUGUUCUAUCAUCGAAGGCCAUCUGCAGAUAUUGCUGAUGUUUAAGACGAGGCCCGAAGACUUCCGCGACCUCAGUUUCCCUAAACUCAUCAUGAUCACAGACUACUUGUUGCUCUUCCGGGUCUACGGGCUGGAAAGCCUCAAGGACCUGUUCCCCAACCUCACGGUCAUCCGCGGCUCGCGCCUCUUCUUCAACUAUGCGCUGGUCAUCUUCGAGAUGGUGCACCUCAAGGAGCUGGGCCUAUACAGCCUGAUGAACAUCACCCGGGGCUCCGUCCGCAUCGAGAGGAACAACGAGCUGUGUUACCUGGCCACCAUCGACUGGUCACGCAUCCUAGAUUCUGUGGAAGAUAAUUACAUCCGUCUGAACAAAAACGACAAUGAGGAGUGUGGAGACAUCUGCCCAGGCACUGUGAAGGGCAAGACCAACUGCCCGGCCACCGUCAUCAACGGGCAGUUUGUCGAGCGGUGCUGGACACACAGCCACUGCCAGAAAGUCUGUCCCACCAUCUGCAAGUCCCACGGCUGCACUGCUGAAGGCAUGUGCUGCCACAGCGAAUGUCUGGGCAACUGCACCGAGCCAGAUGACCCCACCAAGUGCAUAGCCUGCCGCAAUUUCUACCUGGACGGCCGCUGUGUGGAGGCCUGUCCACCUUCGUACUAUCAGUUCCAGGACUGGCGCUGCGUGAACUUCAGCUUCUGCCAGGACCUCCACAACAAAUGCAAGAGCUCCCGAAAGCAGGGAUGCCACCAGUACGUCAUUCACAACAACAAGUGUGUCUCCGAGUGCCCCUCAGGAUACACCAUGAAUUCCACCAACCUCCUGUGCUCUCCAUGCCUGGGUCCCUGCCCCAAGAUUUGCCAAGUCCUGGAGGGCGAGAAGACUAUCGACUCAGUGACAUCCGCCCAGGAACUCCGAGGGUGCACCGUGGUCAACGGGAGUCUGAUUGUCAACAUCCGAGGGGGCAACAACCUGGCAUCUGAGCUAGAGGCCAACCUUGGACUCAUUGAAGAGAUUUCGGGGUAUCUCAAAAUCCGCCGCUCCUACGCUCUGGUUUCCCUUUCCUUCUUCCGAAAGCUUCGUGUCAUUCGAGGAGAGACCCUGGAAGUAGGGAACUACUCCUUCUACGCCUUGGACAACCAGAACCUAAGGCAGCUAUGGGAUUGGAACAAACACAACCUCACCAUCUCUCAGGGGAAACUCUUUUUCCACUAUAACCCCAAACUCUGCUUGUCGGAGAUUCACAAGAUGGAAGAAGUGUCAGGAACCAAGGGGCGUCAGGAGAGAAACGACAUUGCGCUGAAGACCAAUGGGGAUCAGGCAUCCUGUGAAAAUGAAUUACUUAAGUUUUCUUACAUCCGGACAUCUUUUGACAAGAUCUUGCUCAGAUGGGAGCCGUACUGGCCACCCGACUUCCGAGACUUGCUGGGGUUCAUGCUUUUCUACAAGGAGGCCCCCUAUCAGAACGUGACGGAAUUCGACGGGCAGGACGCUUGCGGUUCCAACAGCUGGACGGUGGUGGACAUUGACCCGCCCCAGAGGUCCAACGACCCCAAGAUACAGGCUCACCCCGGGUGGCUGAUGCGGGGUCUCAAGCCCUGGACCCAGUAUGCCAUCUUUGUCAAGACCUUGGUCACGUUUUCCGAUGAGCGGCGGACCUAUGGGGCCAAGAGCGACAUCAUCUAUGUGCAGACAGACGCCACAAAUCCUUCUGUCCCCCUGGAUCCCAUCUCAGUUUCUAAUUCCUCAUCCCAGAUUCUUUUGAAAUGGAAGCCUCCCUCAGACCCCAACGGCAAUAUCACCCACUACCUGGUGUUCUGGGAGAGGCAGGUGGAAGACAAUGAGCUGUUUGAGUUGGAUUAUUGUCUCAAAGGGUUGAAGCUACCCUCCCGGACCUGGUCUCCGCCGUUUGAGUCGGAGGGCACCCAGAAACACAACCAGACCGAGUAUGAGGAGACGACUGGCGAAUGCUGCUCCUGCCCCAAGACAGACUCCCAGAUCCUGAAGGAGCUGGAGGAGUCGUCCUUCCGGAAGACAUUCGAGGACUACCUGCACAAUGUGGUGUUUGUCCCCAGAGAAGCCUCUUCAGCCUCUGGUGCUGAGGACUCUAGGCCAGCGCGAAGACGUCGAGCCCUUGGCAAUGUGACCAUACCCGUGGUUCCGGAAGUUCCCAAAUUCGCCUCCACCAUUGUGCCCACCAGUCCAGCAGAGCCCCGGCCCUUUGAGAAAGUGAUCAGCAGGGAAUCGCUGGUCAUUUCUGGCCUGCGUCACUUCACUGGCUACCGUAUCGAGCUGCAGGCUUGCAACCAGGAAGUCCCAGAGGAGCGGUGUAGCGUGGCGGCCUACGUCAGCGCAAGAACCAUGCCCGAAGGCAAAGCAGAUGACAUUGUUGGCCCAGUAACCCACGAAAUCUUAGAUAACAACAUUGUUCACCUGAUGUGGCAAGAACCAAAGGAACCCAACGGUCUGAUCGUGCUGUAUGAAGUGAGCUAUCGGCGAUACGGCGAUGAGGAGCUGCACCUCUGCGUUUCCCGAAAGCACUUCUCCCUGGAUCGGGGAUGCCGACUUCGAGGGCUGCCCCCAGGCAACUACAGCGUGCGUGUGAGGGCCACCUCCCUGGCAGGCAAUGGCUCCUGGACUGAAGCCACCUACUUCUACGUGACAGACUACUUGGACGUCCCUUCCAAUAUCGCAAAGAUCGUCAUCGGCCCCCUCAUCUUUGUCUUUCUCUUCAGCGUUGUGAUUGGAAGUAUUUAUGUGUUCCUGAGAAAAAGGCAGCCUGAUGGGCCGAUGGGACCACUGUAUGCUUCUUCAAACCCUGAGUACCUCAGUGCCAGCGACGUAUUUCCCUGUUCUGUGUAUGUGCCGGACGAGUGGGAGGUGCCCCGCGAAAAGAUCACCCUCCUACGGGAGCUGGGUCAGGGCUCCUUCGGCAUGGUGUACGAGGGCAACGCCAGGGACGUCAUCAAGGGUGAGGCGGAGACCCGUGUGGCUGUGAAGACUGUCAACGAGUCGGCCAGCCUGCGAGAGCGCAUCGAGUUUCUCAACGAGGCAUCUGUCAUGAAGGGCUUCACCUGCCACCACGUGGUCCGCCUCCUGGGGGUGGUAUCUAAAGGUCAGCCGACACUGGUGGUGAUGGAACUGAUGGCCCAUGGGGACCUGAAGAGCUACCUCCGUUCGCUGCGGCCAGAGGCUGAGAACAACCCCGGCCGUCCUCCCCCUACCCUGCAAGAGAUGAUCCAGAUGGCGGCAGAAAUUGCGGAUGGGAUGGCCUACUUGAAUGCCAAGAAGUUUGUGCACCGGGAUCUCGCAGCUCGAAACUGCAUGGUGGCCCAUGAUUUCACCGUCAAAAUUGGAGACUUUGGAAUGACCAGAGACAUCUAUGAGACUGAUUACUACCGGAAAGGGGGCAAGGGGCUGCUGCCCGUGCGAUGGAUGGCACCGGAAUCACUGAAGGACGGAGUCUUCACCACCUCCUCGGACAUGUGGUCUUUUGGCGUGGUCCUCUGGGAAAUCACCAGCUUGGCAGAGCAGCCUUACCAAGGUCUGUCUAAUGAGCAAGUGUUGAAAUUUGUCAUGGACGGAGGAUACCUGGAUCAACCUGACAAUUGUCCUGAGAGAGUCACUAACUUGAUGCGAAUGUGCUGGCAGUUCAACCCCAAGAUGCGCCCCACCUUCCUAGAGAUUGUCGACCAGCUCAAGGACGAACUACACCCCAGUUUUCCGGAAGUGUCUUUCUUCUACAGUGAUGAGAACAAGGCUCCCGAGAGUGAAGAGCUGGAGAUGGAACUCGAGGACAUGGAGAACGUCCCUCUGGAUCGCUCCUCGUACUCCCAGAGAGAUGAGGCGGGGGGCCGGGAUGGCGGGUCCUCGCUGAGCCUAAAGCGCAACUAUGAAGAACACGUCCCCUACACCCACAUGAACGGAGGCAAGAAGAAUGGGCGGAUUCUGACCCUGCCCCGGUCAAACCCUUCCUAA